AUGAAUAAUAUUACCACUACAACUGCUGCUAAUGUUGUUGUUACUCCUUCGGCUGUAUUAUCAUCAUCAUCACCACCAUCAUCAUCAUCAUCAUCACCAUCUUCAUCGACAACAACAACAACAACAACAACAAUGUCACCAUCAAUAUCCGGUGAGAAUGAAAUAAUGAUGAUGGAAAAUAAAACAAAAACAACAACAACAACAAAUAAUCGUGGUAAACGUAAUAAAUCCGGUAAAUUAGAUCAUCAUAAUGAUGAUGAUGAUAUGAAUAUGAAUAAUGAAGAAAAAAUUCCUGAUCAAUCAACAACAGCAACAACAACAACAAAAUCACCGAAACCAUCGUCGAUAAAACGAUCAAAAUUAUCGAUUAUUGAUCAAUCAGAUUUAUUGGCCACUGAAGAAACAUCAACAAUAAUGACAACAGCAGUGAAUGAAGAUGAAAUUGGUAUAAGUGGUGGUGGUGGUGGCGGCGGCGGCGGUGUUUCAAGUGGCGAUGAUUGUUGUUCCAAUAAAAGCACAAAUCAAUUACAAGAUCCAAAUUCAAUGAUUAAUACGCAGAAUUCAAGUGUACGUGAACGUAAACGAAUGUUGAGCAUAAAUUCGGCAUUCGAAGAGCUACGAUUACAUGUGCCAACAUUUCCAUUUGAAAAACGUCUUUCGAAAAUUGAUACAUUACGUUUAGCCAUUGCAUAUAUUGCAUUAUUAAAAGAGAUACUUGUAUCAGAAUUGGAUCCAAUUACCUAUAUUGAAAAAUGUUUACGUGGUGAAUUAAAAGGUGAACAUACCGCUGAUUGGAAUACUAGUGAUUUAACAGCCAGACUUUCAUGGAUUAAUUGGGAAAAUCUUGGAAUUAAUAUUCAACAACGUAAUCCGAUGGGUGCAUUUUCACCAUUCGUACGUACACCGCAUUCAAUUACAUCGAUUCCAUCGUCAUCAACAUCAACAUCGAAUCAUCAAUCGAUGACAAUGAUAAUGAUGAAUCAAUCAAAUGAAUUGGGAAUUGUUCCAUCAUCAUCAUCAUCAACAACAGCAACAACAUUGACCCCUGUUGAUGAUUAUUAUACAACCAGCGGUGCAAUCUAUGCAAACCAUCAUCAUCAUCAUCAUCAUCGUUGAUUAAACACACAAACACACAUG